CUCUUCCGGUCGAGAAAACAAGUUGCAAAGAUGGAGCAAUUAUGCGCUCGACAAUAGUUAAACAAAUUAGUGAGAAGAAGAGAUAAUAUUCCUGCAAAAAAGAAUACAUAAAAGAACCACAUUUAAGAGAGUUCCAACCAGUUCCCGAAAUAGGGGCGAGCUUUGUUCCGUGGUGUUCCAGCGGUCAUUGUCACGAUAAUGGUACAAAUUGCUUCAACUUGGAUCACACGAGUUGCAACACUCCCAUCGUAUACGGCCUAGCCUGUAACCAGAGUCAAACGUACGUCUGUCAACAUUGUAAGUAUUGCAAGUUCCGGUUUUGGAGAGGGCCUAGGACUGAUUGGAAAUUAUACGGGAUAAGGAUCAACGUCAACUCACUAAGUAGAUAAUUAAACUCGACGAAUUUAUUUUCUGACCCAGUCCUGGGACCAGCCGUAAUCGCUCAACGAGAAUAAUGAAAUAAUGCACAACUUACAAAUUUGAGAGGUCAGGAGUAUGCGUGACUCGCAAAUCGAAUUUGAACACGAAUUACGCAAACGAUAACGACUUGCCGUAAACAUUUUUGCUAUUAGAGAUAACGAUAGUGCAUUAUUUAUUAUAUACAAAAUUAAUCGCAAUUCGUUUCAUACUAUCACAUCUAUUAAUACAAAUCAUAAUUUUUCAUUAAAACCAAAAAGUUUGUCCAAUGAUUCUCAAAAAAAUAUAAAUUUCGAAGAAGUAAGUUUAAUAGGUACAAAUUUUUCUAAUCAUAACAAUGAUUAUAACGCAAGAAAGAGUUUUGAGAGAAUUGCACAUAGAGAAUUCAAAUUAAAAUCUUUAUUCGGUAAUAAUAUCGUGCCUUUAAUAAGGAAUGAUAAAAUUUUGAAUACAUCUGAAUUUAGAUACUUACCUAUUUUUUUAACAUUUGAUGUGAGAUCGAGGUUUUAUGACAAAGUUAAAGUAUAUUUAUUGGUCUUCCGACUUCUCGUUCACUUUCUGCCCAAUCGAAUUAUUAUUAUUAUAAAGUAUAAUCUAAUCAGAAAAAGAUAUUUCUAUAUCAGAAUAAAAAUUGGAAAAAUUAUAAUUGUUUUAUUUAUUACGUUAGCAUUCUCGUAGUAAAAUGAUCUGUAAAAAGUAUUUUAUCUCUAAAGCAAAAUAUCACUCGCAAUGAAUUCUCGAUCCUUACAUUACAAUUUUAUAUUUACUGUCAUUUUAUAAUUUCCACGUUUAUAAGAUAAUGUGGAAGGAAGUCUUUUAAAUAAUUGACCACUUAUACCGAUAUUGAAAACUUGUGUGUUAUAUUGUCAUUAAAUUUCAUCAACCGUUUAAUAAAAGUGGAAAAACAAGAAUAAAAAUACGAACUGCAAUGGGAAAAGCGUGGUUGUUUUGUCCAGAGAGAGAACAACAUUAAAAGAUAAUGCAUUCUAUUAAUACCAUAUAGCUAUAUGGUCGUUAUUAAUGUAAGAACAUUGUCGUCGAACUCUAAACUCAUGACAUGUCAUAUUUCGUUGUCGUCGGGGAAAGAUUUACUGUUAUGUUGAAAGCAGCGAUAAAAAUAUGGACAUAUUGCCGAUAAAUUUUUCCGUCUUUCGUUUCUGCGGUAUAUGGAAAGAACGUCAAAGUAGCAGUCCGAUAAUACGGUUUAUCAGCUUUUGCCACAGGUACACCAUUGCCAUUGUAUUAUAUCACUUUACGAUAUCUGAAAUAAUUGAGGUCAUACGUAUGAGGAAUGAUAUGGAGAAUUUAACGGAAUGUCUAUUCCUCGCCUUAACUUACAUAAUUACGUGCCUAAAGUAUCUAAAUUUUUCGAUGCGGCAGAGCGAAUUACGCGCCUUGCUAAAUUGUUUUCGCGUCAAGUUAAGUCAGCCAAAAAAUUCUGCGGAGGAAUUGAUAUUGAAACAAUAUGAUCGCAUAGCUAAACGGUCCACAUGUUUCUACAUGUCCAUGUGUCAAUCGACGGCUGUACUGUUCAUCCUAGUGUCCUUGUUGAGCCAGGACGAGAGACUUUUGCCGUGCAAGAUGUACGUACCAUAUUCCAUAACGGCGUUACUUCCUUAUGCGCUGACUUAUCUUCUGCAAGUCGUAGCUUUAAUUUACGGAGUGCUACUGAACGUCUCCUCCGACUGUCUCGUUCACGGUCUCAUUAUUCAAACCUGCGGACAAAUCGAGCUGUUGUGCCACCGAUUGACGAAGUCAUUUCAAUUUCUUCAGAAGAAUAAUGAAGGGAAUAAAGAAAAAAAAAUCGAUACUAUUGAAAAUUUCGCUAUCGCGGAAUGCGUGAGGCAUCAUAUUUUGGUGCAUAACAUCAUGCAAAGAAUACAGUCGCUAUUCGUGUGGACCAUUGCUGUGUUGUUCUUUUUCAGCCUCGUCACUCUCUGCACCAGCAUCUAUCAGAUGUCUAAAAAAGAAGUCUUGAGCGCCGAAUUCUUCAGUUUUAUAUUAUAUUUAAGUUCAAUAAUGUUUCAAGUAUUCUUAUAUUGCUGGUACGGCAACGAGCUUGAUUUAAAGAAUAAAAGUAUCUCGUAUGCUAUUUAUAUUAGUAACUGGAUGGCAAUAUCGAUCAAACAACGUAAAAAAUUGCUGCUAGUAAUGAUAAUGAGCCAAAAAGGAAGGAUAAUUUCUUUUUAUGGAGCUUGCGCAUUAAUUGUUAGUACUUUUACAUGGAUUAUGAAAACAUCCUACUCUGCUUUCCAAUUAUUGCAGCAAGCUUCAAAUUAGUAUUUUGUGUAUUAAUUGUUUAAUUAAUGUAUGAUUGCCUUGAAUAAAUUAAUAUUGAUUAUAUUUUUGCAUCGACUAAAAAUGCAUCAUACAGCACACAGCAUUUCUGGUAAUUUAUUAGAUUGCAUGCGAAUUACUGCAACAAGUUGUAUAGUUUGAUGCUGGCUUAAGGUAUUUUAAAAUCCUUUAAUUAUUGUUUAUUUAAAAUUGUAUAAUAUGUAAAACUUAAACAAAACAAUCACAAAAUAUAAAAUUAAAUAUUACUUACUAUCAUUGUUUAUGCAAGUGUGCGUAAGUUAGCAUUACGCAAGUGUGUAUAGAUACAUAAUAGGCGCACAGUGAAUAAUAGAACGCCUUUGAAGAAACUAACACGCUGUAAUAAAGUAGAUCACAAUUAUGCGUAAAGCAUUGAUCAUUAAAACGUUAAUUGAUAAUUUCUUCAUGGAUUGUUUUCGGACAUAUUUAUAAUAUAAUCGAACAAUGUUUGAAUUUUGUGGAUAAAACCAAGUGCGAUGUUUGCGCAAUCUUUGUCUCUUCCGGUCGAGAAAAUCACUCGCAAUGAUGGAGAAAUUAUGCGCUCGACAAUAUUUAAACAAAUUAGCGAGAAAAAAGAUAAAUAUUCCUGCAAAAAA